AUGGUAACGAAAACGGAGGAAUCUGAACUCAACAAUCUAGAAAUCCAGGUCGACAAUGGUGGCGGAGGAGCAUGGGAGUAUCUUUCACUCGUCAGAAAACUCAAACAACGCCGUUCCGGUAAAGUCCUCAAACACGGCUUAUCGAUCUUGAAUGACUCCAAACUCCGAUCCAAUCUCGGUCCCGAAGAAUGGAGUUUGUAUGAGCAGGUUGUUGUUGCAGCUAUGGAUUGUCAAUGUGUUGAUGUUGCUCAGGACUGUGCAAAGGUUCUUCGAAAGAGGUUUCCGGAGAGCAAAAGAGUUGGCAGGCUGGAGGCAAUGUUGCUUGAAGCAAAAGGCUCAUGGGAAAUGGCAGAAAAGGCUUACACAAGCCUUUUAGAGGAUAAUCCUCUUGAUCAAACCAUCCAUAAGAGGAGGGUGGCUAUGGCAAAGGCACAAGGCAAUAUUUCUGGGGCUAUUGAAUGGCUUAAUAAAUAUCUGGAAAUAUUCAUGGCAGAUGACGAUGCAUGGAGGGAACUGGCUGAAGUAUACUUAUCCCUGCAAAUGUAUAAACAAGCAGCAUUUUGCUACGAGGAAGUGAUAUUAGCUCAACCAACUGUUCCACUUUAUCACUUAGCCUAUGCUGAUGUACUUUAUACUCUUGGUGGAUUAGAAAAUGUCCAAACUGCCAAGAAAUACUAUGCAUCCGCUAUUGACUUAACCGGAGGCAAGAAUACCAGAGCACUCUUCGGUAUAUGCUUGUGUACUUCUGCUAUUGCACAGCUUACAAAAGGAAAGGCAAAGAAGAAGUUAAGAAGACCGAAAAUGCAGUAUCCUCGAGAACCUGAUACUUCUGUUGAGGUGUUUGAAAAUUUAUCUCCUCGUGUCCAAGCUUGUAUACCAGACCUCUUGAAGGUUGAUCUGACUUGUCUGGACAAUGUGGCAGACUCUGAUGGAUCGCUUCGUGCCUUGAGGGCUAAGACUUCCAGUUUUAUUGCAAAUAAUGCUAAGCUUCAAGAGUUCCUUGGUAGAAAAGAACUUGAUAGGCAUCUUGAUACUGAUGAAGCAAUAGUUAUUGCUGCUGCUACGGUGGCUGCUGCAACUGCACGGUGGACAACUCAUGGACUGCAUCCGUUGUGCACUCUACUCCCUACAAUUUACUUUUACCCAUCCAUCUGCUAG